UUGCCAACCACCGCCAACGCCAACAACAACAAGCAGCAAGCAGCAGCGAGCACACCCACCUUCCUUCUUCUGCCGCCACCACCUCCACCCGCUUCCCACCUUCACGCACGCACACACACACGAAACAGACAAGAUGACGUCCCGUCAGAUCUUGCAAGUGUUUGAGAACUACCAAAAGGCACGCGCGUCCUUCGUGCAGACGGUGGCAGAUCUGUCAUCCCGGCCACAAAAUGUCGAAGCCCUUCGCGAGGCCGGUGUGAUGGCGUUGCUCAGACCCCUCCUGAUUGACACAGUGCCCACAAUUCAACAGACGGCUGCCCUUGCGCUUGGCCGCCUUGCCAACCACAGCGACGAGCUGGCUGCUGCCGUUGUCCACGAUGACAUCCUUCCCCAGCUCGUGUACAGCCUCGCUGAGCAGAACAGGUUCUACAAGAAGGCCGCAGCCUUUGUCCUGCGCACCGUCGCCAAACACAGCCCUGAGCUAGCAAUGGCUGUUGUUGACAGCGGGGCUGUGAGUGCGCUGGUGACGUGCUUGGACGAGUUUGACCCCGGUGUGAAGGAGGCCGCAGCAUGGGCCCUCGGUUACAUUGCCAGGCACAACGCUGAGCUUGCACAGGCAGUUGUGGAUGCUGGUGCCGUGCCGCUGCUUAUCCUCUGCAUCCAGGAGCCCGAGAUGACGCUGAAGCGGAUAUCUGCCUCUGCGCUGUCGGACAUUGCCAAGCACACGCCCGAGCUUGCGCAGACGGUUGUUGACGGCGGCGCGAUUGCCUAUCUGAGCCAACUCCUCGAGGUGCAGGACGCAAAGCUCAAGCGCCAGGUCUUCUCCGCCCUCAGCCAGAUUGCCAAGCACACGGUUGACCUUGCUGAGCUCGUGGUCGAGGCCUACAUCUUCCCUGCCGUCCUCCCCUCCCUCAAAGAUCCCGACGAGUAUGUGCGCAAGAACGUGGCCAUGCUGAUCAGGGAGGUCGCCAAGCACUCGUCGGAGCUUGCGCAGCUCAUUGUCAACUCUGGCGGUGUCAUUGCCCUCGUGGACUACGUCAACGACUCGGCCGGCAGCGGCGCAAUGCCAGGCAUCAUGGCCCUCGGGUACAUUUCUGCGUUCUCUGAGCGGCUUGCCAUGUCCGUGGUUGUCUCGCACGGGGUGCCCGCGCUCGCCCACGCCCUGCACACAGAGGCGGAAUCGCACAUCCGCGCAGCAGCAGCGUGGAGCCUGGGCCAGAUUGGCAGGCACACCCCCGAGCACGCCCGCCACGUUGCAGAGGCAAACGUGCUGCCUGAUUUGCUUGCAUGCACGAUGGAUCCAGCCGCGUCUGAUGAUCUUCGAGCAAAGGCAUCGCGUGCGCUCAAGAACAUUCUCCAGAAGUGCACCCACAUGCCCGCCCUGCAAGCACUGCUUGCGGAUGCACCGCCGAGCGUGCUGGAGAAUGUUGUGGCGCAGUUUGCCAAGAUCCUGCCCUCUGAUGCAAAGGCGCGCAAGCAAUUUGUCACCUCUGGCGGCCUCAAGAAGAUUCAAGAGAUUCAAGCGGAGGAAGGCUCUGACCUGAGCGAGGCAAUCCUGACCAUCAAUGAGUGCUUCCCAGAGGAGAUUGUUCGAUAUUACAGCCCAGGGUACUCGGAGACCUUGCUCCAACGCCUUGAUUCCCACACGCCCGGCUCUGCCAAGACCGCAUCAUAAUGAUGUGCCCUUGCGAGUUGCCUCUUUGUUCGUUGUUCGUGCUUGCGUUGGUUGUUGUGCAUGCUGCGAGUUGCUGUUGCUGUUGCGCCUGUGCAUGGUGUUGCAGCGAGUGUGUUGUGUUGUGACAUGUGACGUCGUGUCAACAUGAGAGACGCGUGAGAGCUGCCACCGUCGUCCGUCCGUCCGUUCAGUUCAUCAUCAUUCUGGCUUCCCCACACCCGACACCAUAAAAUGAACAUUGCCCAUA